UUAAUAAAGUAAAUGAUUAAUCUUUUUGCAAUGCUCAUGUUUAUGUUGUGGUCAUCAGUCUGAAACCCAAAAAAAAAAAUGGUGGAAAAAAAAUCCCAUAUUAAAAAAUCUUAAAAUCAAAAGGAUAAAACAAGAACAACCUAAAAUAUUAAUGUCAAAGUCAAAAGGCCUAAACGGCUCCGGAUUUGAGAACCUGCCUGAGAGUCUGUGACCCGCCCAUGUUCGUUAACCAACACUAACCAUUCAAAUCAAAGAAGACCGACCACCAAUCAAUCAGUGACAUACUAUUCCACCGUACACCCGCCCACACAUGAUCCCAUCCCUUCAUUCACUGAACUUAGCAGAAUCCUGUAACAUUCAAAAACUGGAACACCCCACUUAACCCCCACCCAACAAAAGAGAAGAAAAGAAAUUCCCUUUCCUUUCCGUAUUCUUUCCAUUCCAAGCUAAACUAAAAUAUCAAUGUCAGCGAAUCAUUUUCAUUUCCAGCAAUCGUUCUUUCUUCUUCUCAAUGUUCCACCUCAAAUGCUCUAAGUUCAUGGAAUUCAUUAUGUAAUUGGGAGCUCGGAGUUUUUUUUAUUUUUCCUGGAAUGGAAGAGUCUGGAAGUUGGUUUGAAGAAGCAACGAUAAAGAGCUGGGCUAAACAAACGGAAGAGAGUUAUCAGUUACAGCUCGCUCUGGCUUUGAGGUUAUCUUCACAAGCUGCUUCAGCUAAUGAUCCCAGUUUCUUGGAUUGGAAUUCUAGUGAUAGCAACAGAGGGGUUUCUUCUUUCUCUGAUUCUCCUGAAUCCAUUUCUCAUCGUUUUUGGGUGAAUGGAUGUUUGUCUUAUAAUGAUAGAAUUCCAGAUGGGUUUUACGUAAUGCAUGGAUUGGAUCCUUAUACAUGGAGUAUAAGUGCUGAUAGUCGUGUCCCGUCUCUUGAAUCAUUAAAGGCUGUCAAUGAUUUGUCAAUAGAAGUGGUUUUGGUAGAUAGAUUGAGGGAUUCUGGUUUGAAGGAGUUACAUAAUAGAGUUAUUGGUCUUUGGAGUGGCUCGAAUACAACAAAAGAUGUGGUUGAGCAGCUUGCGAAUCUUGUUUGUAAUCGUAUGGGGGGUGUUGUCUUCAAUGAAGAUGAUGACAAUUUUGCCAAAUGCUGGAAGGAAUGUACUGAAGUUAUGAAAAGACGUUUAGGUUCUGUUGUAAUUCUGGUUGGAAGUUUAACGUUUGGCCUCUGUGUUCAUCGUGCAUUGUUGUUUAAAGUAUUGGCGGACUCUAUUAAUUUGCCUUGCAGAAUUGUUAACGGAUGUAAAUACUGCAGAAGAGAUGUUGUUUCAUCCUGUCUUGUUCAAGUUGGUGAUGACAGGGAAUACUUUGUUGAUUUGCUUGGAAAGCCAGGAGCCCUAAGCCAGCCUGAUUCCUCACUCAAUUGUGCAUCUUCAGUAUUAGUUUCUUCACCAUUGUCUCAUCCAAGGUUUAAAUCUAUCCAAACAAAUGAGGACUUCAGGACAUUGGCAGCCAAACUCUAUUUCCUUGACUGCCAGCCACUUAAUCUUGUGUUUGAUAAUCCUUCAUCAGGCACUACUAUUUGUGAAGAUGACGGAUUCAUUUCAAGGCUUGGUAAAGACAUGAAGAGCCUUCCACCCACAUCAAGCAACAAACAUGAAGCUUCUCUGUCACCUCUGCACCAAGGAGUUGCUCAGAACAUCAUGUAUGACAUGGAUCUGCGGGUGCCAAACUCAUAUAAUCCAUUUCUGAAUGUCGUAAAAAUGAAGAACUUUGUUGAAGGUCCCAAUGUGCCAAGUUCUAUCCUCCCAGUUAAGAAAAAACAUACAGAUCCUGUCAUCUCUAAUCCAAAGCCUGUCGCUACAGAUAAUUUGUUGCUCAUGGAAAUAAACCAGACAAUACUAAGUAAAUCAAACAAUCAACUUCAUCUCAAAGAGGAAGAUUUGGAUGUUCCCUGGAGUGAACUUCUAUUGAAGAAGAAAAUUGGAUCAGGCUCCUUUGGAACUGUCUAUCAUGCUGACUGGCGUGGUUCGGAGGUUGCUGUCAAAAUUCUCGAGGAGCAAGAAUUUCACACAGAGCGCUUUGAGGAAUUUUUGAGUGAGGUUUCUAUAAUGAAGCGUUUACGACAUCCAAAUAUUGUUCUCUUUAUGGGUGCUGUUACCCAACCCCCUAACUUGUCCAUAGUUAUGGAGUAUUUAUCAAGAGGCAGCUUGCACAAACUUUUACAUCUGGCUGAUGCUGCCUUGAUACUGAAUGAGAGGCGCCGCUUAAAUAUGGCGAAUGAUGUUGCAAAGGGAAUGAACUAUCUUCAUCAGUUUAGACCUCCCAUUAUUCAUCGAGAUUUGAAAUCUCUAAAUCUCUUAGUGGACAGUGCAUACAAGGUCAAGAUUUGUGAUUUUGGCCUCUCACGCUCAAAAGCGAAGACAUAUAUUUCAUCGACAAGUGCUGCAGGGACUCCGGAGUGGAUGGCCCCAGAAGUACUUCGGAAUGAGCAAUCAAAUGAAAAAUCAGAUGUUUACAGCUUUGGUGUAGUCUUGUGGGAACUUAUGACCCUGCAACAUCCAUGGAGAAAUUUAAAACAAGCACAGAUCAUUGCUGCUGUUGGUUUUAUGGGCGGAAGGCUUGAGAUUCCAAGCAAUGUAAAUCCUUCAGUGGCUGCCUUGAUUAAGGUCUGCUUGGAUAGCGAGCCCUCAAAACGUCCUUCAUUCUCUUAUAUCAUGAAAACUUUACAGGAGCUGACAAACGACUCCAUCUCCCAACCAGUUGCUCAUUGAGUAAUUCGACGACAAAGCUAUAUGUAGUCAAACUGCUCACAUGAUCUCAGCCCUCUCACUCCCAUGAUAUUUUCCAGGAUUUAACAAGAUGUUGAUCGCCCUUUUUUUAUCUGCCAUGAACUAAUUCUUGUAGCUACAAUUGUGAAUAUGCACACGAAGUUGUCAAGAUAUCAAAUAUCAAGCAAAAUGGGUGGAAAAGGCAGGCUUGUCAAAGAAGCUUUCUUAGGGGAGGUGAGCGAGGCUGGUUCAUUCAUGUUACUAAUUGUACUGAUGUGCCAUCAUUUGGUUGAUAUCUUCACUCUGUUGGUCUUAUAGUAUCAGCCAGGGCCUAGGGUUGCUUAUGAGUUAUGAUUUUGGUAACUUUUGAUGAUCUAGCCUUUAGUGAUUAUUAUAUUAGCAAUCAUAGGGUUUGAAUUUAGGAUCAUAAAGAAAAUAAUUUUUUUGAUUUCAAGUUUUUACAACUGUAUCACCAU